AUGUCUGGACCCGGUUCCGCUGCCCCUGCCCGCCUUUGCUGGCAACGCUCCCCACGCUCACAACCCACUACGGAUUCACAUCACAUUACUUCAAUCGAGGACUUGGAUAAUAUUCUUGCUAUCAAUGAGAAUUCUAUCCCCCCAUUCCUCUACUUUAGUAGUGAUAAGCAUCCUCACCACCGUCUCAUUGCUGGUGCCUUGGAACGCUUGGCUACUAUUUAUCACCCCGAGAUGCUGUUCUGUAUCAUCGACAUCACUCGCUUGGGCCCCGAGUUGGCUAUGCCGAUGAUCCAAAGGUACGAGAUCGAUACGGAUUUCGCUGCUACCGCCAUCAUCCUCCAAAACGGUGAGAAGUUUUCUACACUUCAAAUCCCGUUCAUGGGUGAAAAGCAGGCCAUGGAGGAUUUCAUCCGUCAUCAUCUUAAACUGGAACCGAUUUCGAUGCCUGGUUUUGGAUACGAGGGGAUGUAUACCCACUAUCCUACCGGAGUUACUACGUACUCUCGAGAAAGUUAA